AAGUAUGACAGACUCCUAACAGACCCCUUGUACUGUAAUGUGCACUGGGGUUAGCAUCUGUGCAGAGUUCCACAUGUUCUUCCCAGGUCUCUGUGGGUUCUCCAGUUUCCUCCAACCUCUAAAAAACAUGCAGGUAGGUGGAUUGGAGAUGCUAAAUUACCGCUGUGAGUGUGUGUGAGUGUGUGUGAGUGUGUGUGAGUGUGUGUGCGUUGGUUUUUGUGGCUUAUGAGGACUUUUGACCUGAUUACGUACCGACACUACGGGGACAUUUGGAAUUAUGAGGACAGGGACAGUGUCCCCAUAAUUCCUCUAAUAUAUCUAUAUAUAUCUAAGUAAGAGAAGCUAAAAUUCAAAGUUUCGGUCGAAGUCCACUUACACCACAUACCCCUGAAACUGACUUUACACAGUGUUAACUCGGAAUUUAAUAUAGCGCCCCCUUUAGUCUGGUCUUGGUAUUGCACCAACUUACACACUCACACAAAAUUUGAGCCUUCUGAUUGGCUACCGCUGACUCGCCUAAUUCGCGCUCUGAUUGGCUGCGGCCGAUGUCAUUCAUGUCACGUGUCUCGGUUUGUGGGCGGAGUUUCUCUAUGUGCAGCGCGUCAUCAUGCGGAACUCAUAAUACGUCAAUCUUUAAAAAACAGCGUCCGGUGUACAGACUGUGUGAGAUGAAGCUGAGGAGGAGGAGGAGAGACAAUCCCAAACAGGAGGCUGAAUAUUUCACAUCUGCUGCCAAAGACAAGGAGGGAUUUGAUGUGAAAUAUAUAAAUUCAUUUAUAGGACGUGGAGUAUUCAGUUGUGUUCAUUUUGAUAAGGGAGAUUUUCUUUUGGAGUACAGAGGACAACUCAUAAACAAAGCUGAAUGUGAACGACGACAGAAGUUAUAUCACGAUGCCAUGAAAGCGUUCAUGUAUGAAUUCCGUUUCAAUGGAAGACUCUUAUGUGUCGAUGCUUCCAGAGAAGAUGGUUCCCUUGGGAGACUUGUCAAUGAUGACCACAUCAGCCCAAACAGCAAAAUGAAAAUAAUCACUGUAGAGGGAAAGCCUCAUCUGUGUUUAUUUGCGACUAGGAGCAUCGACCCUGGAGAAGAAAUCACAUACGAUUAUGGCAAUUCUGAGUUGCCUUGGAGAAAUAAGAUUGUAGCUGAAGAACACCAACUGCCACCAGAGGAAAACAGCACUAUGGCAUUGAGUGAGGCCAGGAGGGUGAAAGACAAUCAGUCUCUGUCACAGCACCAGGCUGUUUCUGAGGCAGACCCCUUUACCCCUGUGACCGAAGAUACCCAGGCAGCCAUCAACCAAACAGAACAGAAUAUAGCUGGAGCCGUCACUGAGGUUACGUCAGAGCUGACGUCUGUGAUGGACAAGUUGGAGACUGAUGUUCUGGGAGGAGAGACAGAAAAGAAUAUAGCUGGAGCCGUCACUGAGGUUACAUCAGAGCUGACGUCUGUGAUGGACAAGUUGGAGACUGAUGUUCCAGGAGGAGAGACAGAAAAGAAUACAGCUGGAACCAUUACUGAGGUUACAACAGUGCUGACGACUAUAAAGGACAAGAUGGAGCCUGAGGUUCCAAGAAAGGAGACAGAAAAGAUUACCAUUGUGAAGGAGCAAUCUGGGCCUGAGGAAAAAGAUACAAUAGCACCAAGUGAGAAAACAGAAAAAAAUUGUAAACAUGAAAUGGUCUUCACAACUGUUUCGAGCAUGAACAAAUGUGCAGCAUGUGUUGGACCUGUAGCAUCACUCAUAUGGAUUGGUCUGAGAUGCAAAGUCUGCAAUUGUUUUUGGCACAAGUCCUGCUUUGUAAAACUUAUUAAGAAUGAGUCACUAUCAUGGGUGAGUGCAUUUAUAAUUCAUUAUAUAAAUUUUAGUCAUUUGCAAGUGCAAUUUCUAGUGAUCGUUUGUUUUCUGGUACUAGAGAGUAAGUACUGGUGAGGAUGAAUCACUAGAUGAAGAAUAUGUGCCACAGUCAGAGUCAGACAGUGAAUCUGAGAGUUCAGUAGAGUUACAAGGAGAAUGCCCCUUGAAUAUGGAGAAACGAAAGGCUAUUUAUUCCCAGAUUGCCAAGUUGAAUCCUGAAGGUGCAAGCAAGGGCAAAGUGUGUGUUAAGGCCAGAGAAGAAGUUGGUUUACUUUAUGAGGAGCAGUUGACUGAUGUAGAUUAUGACAGUGAAGCGAGCUAUACACAAACCUCAGAUAAUCUUUCAAGCAAAGUUCAGGGUAAGCAAGUGUCUGAGACCUACAGAACGUCAAAAGUUGCAGUUUUAGGCAGUGCAUCAGACAGUUUAAUGCUGCCAACAACAGUCACUGGAACAUCUGCAAGCCAGCAACUGUUGGAAGUAAGAGAGGGAGCUGGUGGAAGUGAUUUACAUGGAGAUGUUGAGGAAUCAUUAAUGGCAGAGGGCAAAGCUAAAGUGGAUGAAGCUGAGGAGUGUCUUCAGUCAUCUGUAAUUUCUUGUACUGAAAAUAAGAAAAACUACUGAUGGAUUAGAAAUUACAAAAGUCAUUGCGUACUACAGAGGCAACGUCAUCUUCUUUCAUUGCACUUAAAAGCUUCCAAACCCCAGGAGAUAUCUGGUGUGGGAAUGUAGACUCUGCCAUGGCUGCCAAACCCAAAACCCUGACCCUACCGUGGUGUUCAUUUAGUUCUCCUGGCUAAACUGAUGGAAGUGAAUCUGAGAAUGGCACUGAAAGUGAGAAUAUGAAUGUGUCUAUGAGUGCACCAGUGCAGAUUGGUAGGUUUUUCUAACAUAUUGAUGUGUUACAUGCCCAAUUGUUUUGGUCAUGAUCAGUCCACACUGUUUGUGUGCUGAAUAAUGUGGUAAUCUCUUCUUACAGGGAUGCAGAAGGAUCACCCACCAAAAGAAGCCAAAGCUGGAUGUUCUGGUUGUAUUUUCCAAGUUAUAUAUGUGGUUUUGACUUUUAUUUUAGUCAUAUAACUCAUAAUUAUCAUUUUUGUUUUACCUAUUUUUAAUUUGAAACAAAAGUAUAUGUCAUCAUAUCUCCCAGUCUUUAUGGUUGUAUGAUGUGCAUAUUUAUAUACUUGUUUGUUUAGUCUCAAACACAGAUGCUUUGCCCAUGUCCCAUAGAGCACCUGCUGUUUUAUGUGCAAUAAGCUGGCUAUAAGGUUCACAAUUUUAAACAUCACAAUCUAAUUGAUUCUUUUGAUACGUGUUGUAUACACCAAUCAGACAUAACAACCAGUGAAAGGUGAAGUGAAUAACAUUGAUUAUUUCUCUACGAUGGCAUUUGUUGAGGGUUGGGAUAUAUUGGUAUAACAGUCAGUUCUCUGUGUUGAUGUGUUAGAAGCAGGAAAAAUGGGCAAGGGAUGCUACAUAAAGGUUCCUCUGAAAGUAACGGAACAGCAAGCUCAAUUAGUCUGUUUUUGCUAUACACUGAAGACGUUUGGGUUUGAGGUCAAAAGAUGAAUAUGAGAUGAUGGUUUAGAAUUUCAGCUUUCAUUUCCUGAUUUUUAUAUCUGUGUUACACAGAUUAAAACAUGGCACCUUUUGGUAUAGGCACAAAUUCUCUUAAAGUAAAUUAAACAGCACUUAAUAUUUGGUUCAUAUCCCUUACUUGCAAUAACUGUAUCAAGCCAGCAUACAUACAUCCCAUAUACAUCGCUCAAAACAAGAGUAGCUGUUCAUAGCUACUAAUUCUUUAAACUAUCAAUUUAACAGGAUACACCUGGGCAACAAGAAACACCAGUCACAUGUUCCAACAUACUUCAUCACUUGAAAAUAAAAUGUUUAAAAAAUCUAUAUGUAAAUAUCAGGAAAAAAAGCUAAAAUUCUGAGCUAUCAUUUUAUAUUCGUCAUUUGAUCUUAAACCCAGAUGUCUAGGUAUAGGAAAAACAAUAUAAUUGAACUUGCUUUUCAGAGGGGACUGUAUUUAACAGAGUUAAAAAUUAUGUUAACAGUUAACAGUUAUGUUUUUUAAGUGCUCAGUUGUAGUAUCCCUAACCUGAGUUGCUUAAUGUUCUGUAAUUGUUGUAUAGAAGGACUUGUUCUGUUAAGUCACAGGUGACCCGGUAAAUCACCAUGUGGUCAUGUUUGUGUUUGUGUUAAGUCGAGUACCAAUAAAACAUGCCUGUCCUUCUAAUACAGUGUAAAGUCUUUUUUUGUGUAUUGUUAAACUGAUGUCCCGAUAAAGCGGUGUGACCUUAUAAGUACCAAUUCUGUCGGAGGCGGGAGCUUCUCAGACGGUCCUUAUAUGCAACCAUAAUGUCAGGUCUUGUGUUUAAGAGUUUAAUUUUGCGUAGAAGAAAUCUGAAGUGAAAUUUGUCUUGCUAAAAAAAAACCAAAUUUUUUGAUGUUUACGGCAUUGCUGUAGCACAAAGGGAAAGGUGGGUCCCCUUAAACCACGUUUCAACUGGUUUGGCCGGCAAAGUCCUCGUAAGACUUAAAAACCAGUAUGUGUGAGUGUGUGUGAGUGUGUGUGAGUGUGUCCAUGGUGCCCUGCGAUGUUGUGGCAUCCCUUCCAGGGUGUAUUCCCAGGUCAUGCCUGGUAUUCCUGGGAUCAGCGGAUCCACAGCAACCCUGACCAGUAAACGUGGUUACUGAGGAUGAGUGAUGUAAUAUAAAUAUUUCUUGAAUCCUCCAUUGGUAUAUGCUUACUAAAUGACAGAUCUUUAGCAUCUCAAUGUUUUUAAACACUUGAAAUCAUGUUCUCAGGGGCUUUACAGUAAUUAAAGCCUUGCUGGGGACGAGACCACUCCUGAUCUCCAAACCUGAUCUGUUAUAUCGUGUGAUUGCUCUCAGUGACUCCAUUUUUCAGACGCUUGAUCUAGAUAGCAUGAGUAACCCAACGUUAGUGAUCUCAAUAAAACAUUUCUGUCCUCGGCUUUGGCAUUGCUGAAAAGGUGCAGUUGAG